AUGGCCAAUUCAUGUUUAUCAUCUGCUGUACUUAUGAAGCUAAUUGCUCUGUUACUUCUUUGCAUUGACCCAACAGAUGCUCAAGUAGGAGUCGUUUUCGGAACUAAAACUCGAAAGCUACCACACCCGAAAGAAAUAGUUGCGCUUUGCAUCAAACACAACAUCAAGCGAAUGCGAAUUUACGAGCCAAACCACGAAAUCCUCGAAGCACUAAAGGGCAGCAAUAUAUCACUCAUUCUCGGAGUUUCGAACAAAGAUAUCCCCAUAAUCGCCUCAAACUGGUCCUUCGUGCAAUCGUGGGUCGAAAAAAACAUCGUCAGCUUUAACGAUGUCAAUUUCCGGUACAUAGCAGUUGGAAACAAUAUCAGCCCAUUAGACAAAGCCACAGAAAAAUACGCGCCUCACGUGGUCCCUGCCAUGCAGAGCCUCGAGAAUGCGCUCACCGUAGCUCGUUUUUCGAAAAAAGUCAAAGCAAAAGUCAACGUCUCGACUGCCAUAAGCCCGGAUCUCCUCAUCCCUUUCCGAACCCCUUCCGGGUCGGUUUUCGCUCGGGAGGUCCGGGCCCUCAUUCACCCAAUCCUCGACUUUCUCGGAAAAUAUGGCUACCCUUUGCUAGCCAACUUGCACGUGUACUUACCUUAUGUGAAAAACCCGAAAAACACGAGCCUCGAUUACGCGCUUUUCACUUCCAAACGUGCCGUGAUGUAUUUUUCGGUCGAGAAGUACGGCGUGAGUAAUGUGGAGAUUGUGGUCACCGAAACAGGCUGGCCCACACAAGGCGGGCUCGAGGCCAGCGUGAAGAACGCGAGGAUUUAUAACGGUAAUUUGAUCCAGCACGUGAAGAAGGGAGGGAGCCCGUUUAAGCCUGAUAGUCCCGUCGAGACUUACGUGCUCGGGUUAUUUGACGAGGAUAUGAGGGGGCCCGGGUAUGAAUAUGAUAAGCACUGGGGGAUUUUUAAUGCUAAGGGACAGCUCAAAUAUCCUGUUGUGUUUGAAUGA